AACGACUACAGCUACUUCCUGUUUCUACUGCAGACAGGCUGUUAGCACAUGAUGAAACAACCACAUGCUAUUUUAUUUAACCUAAAACUAAUAUUAUUUUAGUAAGGCGUAUUACAUUUUGAAGUUGUUUUCUUCAUUCUCACGUCAGACCUUUGUUUCUCGGAAACUGGUCAAGAUGCCUGUCCUUUGCAGCAGCUGUGCUGACAAACGUGCUGUGUUGAAGCGUCCAAAAACUGGUCACUCCCUUUGUAAGGAAUGCUUCUUCUGGGCUUUUGAGGAGGAGGUGCACCAGACAAUUGUGGCUGCACAGCUAUUUAAACAUGGGGAGACUGUUGGAAUUGCUGCCUCAGGUGGAAAGGACUCCACAGUGCUCGCACACGUAAUGAAGGUUCUGAAUGAGCGAUACAACUACGGCCUUGAACUUAUGCUCCUCUCAGUGGAUGAGGGGAUCACCGGCUACAGAGAUGACUCAUUGGAGACAGUGAAGAGGAACCAGCAGCAGUAUGAGCUACCGCUGAAGAUUGUGUCAUAUGAGGAGCUGUACGGCUGGACUAUGGAUGCUAUAGUGAAGCAGGUGGGGCUGAAGAAUAACUGCACUUUCUGUGGAGUCUUCAGGAGGCAGGCGCUAGACAGAGGGGCCAUUAUGCUGAAAGUGGACAAGAUUUGUACAGGUCACAAUGCUGAUGACGUAGCAGAAACUGUGUUGAUGAACGUCCUGCGAGGAGACAUUGCUCGUCUGCGGAGGUGCACUGCUAUCUCCACAACCAGCGAGGGAGAUGGGGUCGUUCCACGGUGCAAGCCCCUUAAAUACGCGUAUGAGAAAGAGAUCGUUCUAUAUGCGUAUUUUAAGAAGUUGGACUACUUUUCCACUGAAUGUAUUUACUCGCCAAAUGCUUAUCGCGGCCAUGCAAGGACCUUUUUGAAGGACCUGGAGAGCGUGAGACCAAGCUCCAUUAUGGACGUCAUCCAUUCUGGGGAGAAUCUGUCUGUGCGAGAGGGUGUGAAGAUGCCUGUGCAGGGAACCUGCAGCCGCUGUGGCUACAUCUCCAGCCAGGCACUGUGUAAAUCUUGUGUGCUACUGGAAGGGCUGAACCGAGGCCUGCCAAAGCUGGGCAUCGGCAAACAUCACCGCCUGCAUGACAAAAUCCUCUCCCAGCAGCCGCUCACAGAGAAGGAGGAGAGGAAGCUGAAAUCAGUGGACUUUUGACAAAUACCUGUUUUAAUCACUACCAGACUGAAGACUUAUCUUGAAAUUUAUAAGAAUGAAUGUAUUGUGUGGGUUUUUCCAUUUGGAAAAGACUAGUCUGAGAUACCAAAUAUGUAAUUUGUCUUCACUGACAAUCAAUUGUUUAUUUAUGGAGCAUUUAAGCAAACAUAAUUUUAGUAAAUGUAAGAAAUUAUCUGUAAUGUAUUAAGAAUUUUGUGUUUACCUUAAGGGACUGCUCAGUAGCACCUGAGUAAUAUCUGUGUCUAGUAACUUUGUCAAUUUCUGUAUUAAACAUAGGGGCCAUUUGUAUCAAUGCCUUGA